CGGCUCUGUUCGAGCUGCCAAGGUACGAAACAAGCGCAUCUAAUUUUUAAUCCAUGUGUGCAGGUGUGGGAAAAGCUAGCUAACUUCUAGAUGCUCCUGGCAGCUUUGAAUCGUCGAAAAUGGCAGAGAGUGUUACCGGAAUGAGCUCUGAUAUGAAAAAACUAGCUGAAGUGUUUGCGGAGGACUCGGAAAAUGAUGCUACAUUUUAUGGUUUUUCUGACACAGAGCUCAUAGAUACGAAUUCAGAUGUUGAUUAUGAAGCCUGUCCUGAUAUUUCCCCCAAGAAGGAGCCAGAAGUCAAAUCCAUCAAAGCCUUCAGGCAGAGGAUUGCACUGGUCUCUGCUCCCUCUCUCAGCCAGUCCAGUUAUGAGGAGGAAGAGGAGGAAGACAAACUGACAGCAGACAGAGGGGUGCAGAGGCCAAGAAAGGACAAAAUCAUAAAAAAGGAAAGACAUGGUGUGAAAUCUGAGGAUGAGGAGACAGAAGUGACUGAGGGCCUUGCAUCUGAUGUGAAUGAAGAUGUUUCAGAUCAUUUCUUGGUCAAGCGAGAGCAGAACAUCAAGGCUAACAAAGCGAUGUUGGCUCAGCUGAUGGCAGAUCUGCAGAAAAUGCCAGGAGGAGCAGGGUUUUUGAAAAAACAAGCUGGCAAACCGAAAACAAAAGGACGAAGCUCUCGUCCACCACAGUCUGGUUUGACUGGAAGAGAAUCCAAGAAGAACACAGAACGAACAUCUCGCAGACUGACUCGCUCAAUGAAAAGUGAGGAAGCUUCACCCCCUAAAGGAGAAGAUGUGGAACUCAGCUUAGAGGAAGAGCUGCUGGAGGUGCGUCGAGCUCCACGACGCCGCGGCACCAGUCGACCUAAACAGAGCAAACCUCAUUUAAUUCGUCCCGUCGAGGACAUCACGGAAGAUGAGCUGCAGCUGGUUGCAGACAAUAUGACUGAUAAAGURUACAACACUGUUACAGGCUCCACGUGCCACCAGUGCAGACAGAAAACAGUUGACACAAAGACGUGCUGUCGCAGUGAUGACUGCCGUGGCAUUCAGGGUCAGUUCUGCGGGCCGUGCCUGAGGAACCGAUACGGCGAAGAUGUUAAGAAAGCACUGCUGGAUCCGAACUGGAAGUGCCCUCCUUGCAGAGGCAUUUGUAAUUGCAGUUUCUGCCGUCAACGUGAUGGCCGCUGCCCAACYGGCAUUUUGUUCCCCCUGGCUCAAUACUGUGGUUUCUCUGAUGUCCACUCCUACCUCACCAGCCUCCGUGACAAACUGAAGGGAGAAGAGAAAGUGGAGAUGUAAUUUUUUACCACUGGAGGGAGUCAUUGUUCAAUCUGUUGCAUUUUUCCCCCUGCAGAUAUGUUCAUUUUUUUUUUUUUGUUAAAUAUGAAGUUGUUGUUUUUUUUUUGAACAAAUAAAAUGUUUUGAUAAACUGUAUAUAUUUGUAAGUGUAAGCCAAUACACAAACUUUCAAGAAAUGAGAUUUAAUUUCAA